AGAUGUGUGUUCCACAUUCAGACAGACAGUCAUACAGACUGAUUUCUGGAAUUAAUAGGUGGAUAAAUGAGUUAAACAUUUUACCCUAACUAUCUUAUGACUUGAGUUUGAUUACUGAUGCUUAAAUGGGUGAAUGGACAAAAAUCAAUCAAAAUGCAAAAAGUCUUUACUAAUAAAGUGGUGUUCAAAUUAAUGAUUUGAUAAUAGUAAGGCAAAUAAUACACAUGACCUUGAUUCAACAAACAAGUCAGCUUGUGUUUGACAUUUGAAGAUUCUCAUGAGCUGAAAAGUAAUGUGAAAGCAAUAUUUUAGUUCAGUCCAUUUUCUAAAAAGCAGGGCAAUAUCCUAUUCACAUAGUAUAAUAUGAUGCUUUUUACUUGUGGCGUUAGAGAACAAGGACAUAUUGUACCAGGGCUAUGACAGGAUCGAAGUACAAAUGCACUUACAGCAGGUGAACCGGAGGUAGGGAUGGAGGAAAUGCACAGAGAGAAAGAAUGAGUCACGAUAUAGGGAGAGAGAGAACAGGAAAAGAGGGAUGAUGGAGAGAGAAACGCAGCAAGACUGGCCGACAUAGAGAAGGGGAUGUCACAUGGCUCCAGGGAGGUAGGACGAGAGACAGACACGCAGCACGAAAUAGCAAGAGGGAGAGUGUGAGGGGGUGAGCCGGUCGUUUCUCUCAUGAGUUUGCACGUCGGGCAGCGCAGACGGUCCUGCCUCUUUCUCUGCUACGUCACAGCUGUGCAGAGCACAGGGAGCAGGACUACCCUGAUGCUGACAGGAGGAUAGAAACACACCAGCCUGGCAGGAGCUGGCUGCUGCAUUCCGUCAGUGGACCUAUCAGAUCACUUAUUGCCGUUAUGGAGCUCUUUCUGUUUUCCUCUUCACUUCACCCUGCCAGAAAGAGAGGAAGAGGCCGGGACGUCAAAGACAUACAGGGAUCACUCUGCUUCUAACUCCUUUCAAGAGCUUUUGGACAAUCCAUCAUCUUCUUGUUCACUGUCAGUCAUUUAGUUGUCACGGCAAGCACAAGGAUACGACUGUGCCUUUACACUGUAGGCCAACUAGUUCCCACACGGGAUCACACGGAUUCACAGCUACAACUCAGUUGAAAGGACUUUGAACUACAUGAAAUGGAUCCUCUACGAGGUCAAAGAAACUGGACUUAAUCAAGACUUCUUUAACUAUCCAUGGUGUGGUUCGUGGACAUCAAGCUGAAGAGAAGCUGAGACUGAGUAGCCUACCAGUGCUUGGGAAGAUCAUUGCGACCGAUGAAUCACAACUGGUCUUAAUGAUUGUGUUCCCCAGUGGUGUUGACAAAUGGAUACGUCAUCACUGCUGACUCACCAAUGGGCCAAAGAUGCCACACUCCAUUAACCCUCAACUUUGUGCUGACGCCUUUAAUUUGACUGAUUUUGCCUGAUCUGAAGAAAUGGAAAAUUAGUCUUCAUGUUUUCUUAUUCAGCAUUCACCCUGCUCCAUUCUUAAGACAACCGAAGCAGUGAAACUAAGUUCAUUUGGAUAUACAGCAUCAGAAGCUGAUGUUUUUUGCCUCCACUCAUCCCGUUUGGAUCGCAGUUACACUAACAAUGGGAUAACAACUCUAUGUGAUUAAGUAAGCCCUCAUUCAACAUGGUGGUGACGCGUCUGGAGCUGGAGCUGCGCUACCAGGGCAAAAAGUUGCGCGGCGUCACGUGGAAGUUGACUCGAUCCGAACAUGGUUUCCUGCCAGAGAGCUCCUGGUUGAUUGCUGCUCAGGUCAUGGUGCCGUACCUGGUGUCAGGGCUCGGAAUGGUCUCCGCUGGCAUCAUUAUGGAUCUUAUACAACACUGGGAGGUGUUUAAGGUGAUAACAGAGAUUUUCAUCCUGGUGCCGGCACUGGUCGGACUCAAAGGAAACCUGGAGAUGACCCUGGCUGCCCGACUCUCCACUGCUUCCAACACAGGACAAAUGGACGACCCUGCUAAACAAUGGACCAUGGUGUGCAGCAACCUGGCUCUAAUACAGGUUCAGGCCACAGUGGUGGGCUUCCUCGCUGCGGUGGCAGCCGUGUGCUUAGGGGCAAUUUCUCGAGGAGGUAUAGAAAUAGACCAGGCAGCUGUUCUGUGUGCCAGCAGCAUCACCACUGCAUUCGUCGCUGCUCUCUCUCUAGGCCUGGUGAUGAUCGGAGUGAUCAUCGGCUCCAGGAAGGUGGGGAUCAACCCCGACAACGUGGCCACCCCCAUCGCUGCCAGUCUGGGGGAUUUGAUCACCCUGUCCCUGCUGGCCGGGGUCAGCACCACGCUCUAUAAUCACAUAGAUAUAUGGUACCUGUCUCCUCUGGUGUGUCUGCUCUUCUUGGCUCUGAUCCCUAUUUGGGUGGUGGUGGCUCGACAGAGCCCUCAGAUCAGGGAGGUCCUCCGCUCAGGCUGGCAGCCUGUUAUAGUGGCCAUGUCCAUCAGCAGUUUUGGAGGCCUUAUACUGGACAAGACAGUGAAUGAUCCCAACUUCGAGGGCAUGGCUGUCUUUACACCCGUCAUCAACGGGGUGGGUGGUAACUUGGUGGCCAUCCAGGCCAGUAGGAUCUCGACCUACCUGCACUUCUGGAGCAUCCCUGGGGUGCUGCCCUAUAAGAUGAGGCAGCACUGGCCCAAUCCCUGCAUCACCUUCUUCUCUUCAGGGGUGAACUCCAAGUCAGGCCGCGUGCUUCUGAUGCUGGUCGUCCCCGGUCACCUGGUCUUCCUCUACGCCAUCUCUCUGCUGCAGGGGGACGAGGCGCCAAUCUCUGUACCCUUCACCAUCUGCUUCCUCUGCGCUGCUCUGCUACAGGUGGCCAUCCUCCUUUACUUUGCUGACCUCAUAGUCCGGUUCAUGUGGAGGAGGAGUCUGGACCCUGACAACUUCUCCAUCCCAUACCUGACCGCCCUGGGGGACCUGCUGGGCACCGGCUUCCUGGCCCUGUGCUUCCGCUGCGUCUCAUGGACUCAGAGCCUGGGCCUAUGAAUGUUCACCCCUUUACCCUGAACUCUUAGCCAGCCACUGUCAUGUUGCACCGAGUGUUGUUAGCACAGAGAUGCUUUUGAUUGGACGGUAAAGCAUUUUCUGAUCACUGGGCCAGUUCAUACCAAGCGAUUUCUCCUUGUCACAAAUUCAAACCUUUACACUGGUUGAGAGACAGCACAUGUGACACCCACCCAUUUACACCCAUCGUCUGGGUGAACAGGGUCUGCUCCCUAAACAUGUCUCGAUUUUUUUUUAUUCGAGUGCAAACGAGAAGUUUAAGUUCUCUGUCCUUCAGUACAUCUACUACAGAAUGUUGGAGUUAGUUAAAAAUCAUUCCUCUUUAUUCAUCCGUCUUUUAAUUUUGCUGCACUAACUAGAUUUGAGUUUGGUGGCUCUGUGCUCACCUCAUCUCAUAGCUCACCUGUUCUGAAAUAUGUACCAACUUUGACAUCACAGCAGCAGGGCGUAAUGACAGAAUAUCAAAUGUGUUGGCCUGUAGAUUUAUCUAAAAUGGCCUGCACUGUGAAAAAGUGGUGAAGUUGUAGAGAUUAGUUGGAACUUGUAUGGAACAAAGAGAAUUAAAGCAGUCCACAUUUAGACGGGCUGUACUAUGCAUUAAGGUCAGAGGUUGAUGUAUGUAGUAGCCAACUGGAAUUGUCAUGCACGUAUGAGAGAUGCUGUGUUCAUGCACAAAAUCCCUCAUUUUCCUAAGUUUUCCCCUCUAUGCUUUUUUGAGAUGCUGCUGUAACAGACGGAUGGCAUGAGGUAGUUUCAGGGCCAAAGCCAAAUGGCCUGGCUGCACAGUGGAAACAGUGUGAUUAGGAGGGAGAUUAUUAAGUAGGUGUGGUUGGAGUGGAAUGGAUUCACAUCUUUCCUUGCAGUUUCAUGCACUCUGUUUGUCAGAGAACCAUUACAUCAGUUUUUGUUUAUUUUUUUGUGAAAUGAGAUGAGGAGCCGUACAAAACUGACCAUACAGACUGUUUUAGUGUGGGGCAUACACCAGCAAGUUUUUGACGUCUAUAGCUUAUGUGUUUGUGACUAGAAAUGCUGUUCUGAUGGUACUUACUAGUGCAAUAAAAUCUAAAUCCAGUUAUUUGACAUUUUGGAAAAUCAAUGUAUCUGUUUUCUUGCUGGAGCUAGAUGAGGAGAAUGAAAAUGCUUAAUGGCUCUACACUAAAGGAGUGUUUGAGUCUUCAAAACACUUUUGGAGUUUCAGGGGUAAACAGUGUAGUUGAUUAGUGACCUAUCUUCAGACGUAAUUAAACAACAGAAAAAAACAUAACACGCCUCCAUACUGCUCGUGUGGUGUCAUCCAAGUGUCCGCAAGCCCUGGAAUUCAUAUUCGACUCGAAACGAGGUCAUUAACAUCGUGUUUAAGCCGAAAGUUCCACCAGAAGUGGCUAAGCUAGCGGACGUCAGCAUUUCCGACGGUGCCUGAAUGCACCUCGUCUAAAGCUAUCAGAGGACCUUUAGGCUAAAAACAAGAUCUUGAUGACCUCGUUUCGAGUCGAAUAUGAACGUCGGGGCUUCCGGACACUUGGAUGACACCACACGAGCAGUAUGGAGGCAUUUUAUGUUUUUUCUGUUGUUUUAUUACAUGUGAAGAAGGACUCACCAUUGACUUCAAUUGUACUGGAUUCUGCUCAAACAAAGUUUACCCCCGAGACUCCAGAAGUGUUUUGUGGACUCAAACACUUCACCCCCCCCAACGGCAUAGUGGUGAGUAGAUAAUGAGAGAAUUUUCAUUUCUGGAUGAACUAUCCCUUUAAGUUAAAAAAAUUGCAUGCAUCUUGUUGCUGUAAAGACAACAUUUGGAUGAUUUAUUGGUCUAUGUUUUUGAUUUAGGAUAACAUGUUAACUAAUAAGCAUUCCACUCUCCAAGGAUGAGUGUACGCUUGUGUCAGUGUCUCAUCUUACUCUCGGCAAGAAAUCAAAUAAGUACGUCAAACUUUUUCUUGAAGGUUUGAAACAGGAUCUGUGCGUUGUAGAAAUCCCUUAGUAAAGCUAUAUUAAUAGUCCUUUACACAAAGUCCCAGCUUGCUCUUAAUUCUUACACUGUGCAGAAAUCAGUUUCACAGCAAAGUCACCAAAACACCAAACAAUCACAGGUUGAAGAAAGUUUGUUUUGUGUCCUUAUUUCUGACUGAAAGGCCUCACGACCUCCAGAAUGUCUAAUAUGCAGAUGAUAUGUUGCUUUCAGUUUGCACAUAGAGUAGAUACAUGUAUAAUAACGCCAUUAAACGGGCACAUGCAAAUAAUACCAGUAAUACUUAUAAGCAAUGAGUUUGUUUUUCAGAUUGUACAUCAUAAUAGAUCAUAAAAAUAUAAAGGCCUCAACACUUUUCCAACGCACCCCCCCCCCCAAAAAAAAUGUGUCCACACCUCCCAGUGUUUGUAUAGCAAUCUCAAUAUUCAAAACAUAUUUAGCAGUAUUUUAUCUAUAGUGAAUUUUGUGCUGCCACUCAGAUGAUCAGCCCAGGUUUAUGUGUUUAGAUCGACUGUCUAGCUGCUGAGGAUCUUGGGUAUUUCCUCACUUCCUGCCUUACUGCUCAUCAUGAACCAUAAAACCUCAUCAGUGCUGCAGUGAGUGCAUGUACGUGCACACGUUACUCUCAAGGGUGUUCAGACAGACAGGAAAGUGAAUUUUGACCUUGCAUUAUUUGCCUAGAUUUGACCCCGGAAAAAGGUUGAGAGAUUUUUUUUCAACACAGAUGUUUACUCAUUUGUUGACACCAUCCUGUGGUAAAAAUGUGUCUAAUCGUCCCUUGACUACACAAAAGAUUACCAUUACAGUAGAAACCAUAAUAUUUAGGAACCAGUACUGUUAGUCUGAAGUACACAUCUCUAUCUCGCUAUGGUACUCGCAUAAUUGCAUUUCUUAGUGUGUAUGAGCUUCAUUUAAAAAAUGUACACAGUAUCUGGAAAUAACUGAAAUACAAAAGUGGAAAUGCACUCAUGAAGUCACAUGGAACCUUUUCGCUGUUAGAGACAAACCUCAUAAACACUGAAAUCGGAGGCGUUUCUCGUCAAUGACUGAAUAUGUAUGUGAGGUAUUUCAGUGUGAAUAUUGCUUUGCUAAAAGCUUUUAUUGUGACACUGUUACACAGUACUUUCUACUAGAAUUACGUACUAAUUGAAUCACAGUUUAUUUCACUUGAGCUUCCUGUAUGAGAUUCAAAUGUUAACUGUGAUACUGUGAUAACUAGACGUGUACCAGAACAUGCAGUAAGUGUGUCUUAAUCAGUGCGGCUGAAUGAAAUAACCUGAAAUCUGUAGAUAAUGAAUGUAAUAUUUAUUUAAAUACAUCAAUGGAUUUAUUUCCAUUGUUGUGUUGGGUCACAUCUGAUAGAUUCUAGGCCUCAGGACAUACAGUAGCUUAUUGGUUUCUGUAGUUAUUCUUAUAUUAUAUACAUGGAAUAGUGUUGUCAUGGAGAUAGUAAAAGGUUAAAGAAAUAGCUCAUUGUUUGGGAAAUACGUGUAUUCGUUUAUUGCCAAGAUUUAGAAGAGACGAAUGCCUGAGAGCCAAAAGAAAAGCACAACUUCAGGUUCUGCUCCAUUAGUAAAGAAAAUCCAUUGACAUAUCAAAUGAUGCAAAUAACUACAUUUUCAGAUUAGGAAUAGCCUUUCUACACAUAUAGUGCUUCCUACUAUACGCCACACUAUAGGCUACACCAUGUCCCAGAAGCACUAGACCACUGUGGUUCUGAGCUGUGUGGUUCGCUCAACCAUUUCUGUAAUAACAGCAGCACAUAUGGACGGAACAGUUUAGGAGUUUUGAUGUGGAUGUAACCCCAUGAACAUCUCAUCGUGGAACAGAGGGUAGCCCAGACAUUUAGGUUUUCUACACUAUUGUACCAAUGUGCAAUUAGCUGAGCAUAUUACUAAUCUAAUAAUAAUCUUGUUUAGUUUAGCCUGAUUCUGGGAGUGGAGUUUAGAUAUGUAAGCCUAGACUGGAAACAGUCUAAGGUAAAGCUGAGUUUAACUGGAUUUCGGAGUGAAGUUUAGCUAAACCUAGAUUGGAAAUUUUACAAGACAGGACACAGGCAGUGUUUUUUUCCACAUUUCAUGCUGUAACUAUGUUGUUGUAAUACAGUCACUUGAGAAAAGCUCCAGCAUGGAACUCAUGUAAAACUACAAUCUAUAACAUUUCAACCAAAAAGAUAAAUAGUACUUAUUGGUCAAAUGUUUUUUUUUUACUUUGGAAAUGUUUCCCCCUUCAGUUUGGUGGUCAGCUAAGUAAAGUUAUCUAAACCAACUGCCCACUGGCUGAAGACACAUACGAGUUCUUUCUGGUCACCGUAGAUGGGUCAUGCAUGUCGCAUUUUACGUUUCCCAAAAUGUUCCUUUAAAAUAUGAGGUUUAUCAUCCAGCCCUGUCAGUCACUACAUCUAGGAGUGUGAUGGCUAAUUGCAAACUUUCACUUUUGUUGUAAUAGUUGCCUUGAAAACCAAAUUAAUGUCAACUGUCUUAACUGAAAUCUCAUCAUCGACAACCGUGUCAAUGUUAAAACUUAGUAGCUUCAGUCCUUUAUCUUUAGGCAAAACUUUGUACUGUACCUCAGUGUUGACACUGCCACAUGAUGACUGAAGGGGCGUUUCAAAUGUCUUUAUAUUCUAAUCUCGCUGUGUUCACUGUCACCAGAGCUUCCACAGCUACAGUCGGCUGUACUGUCUUUAUGUGAGUCUGUGUAAAGAUCAGGAGUGGAGUCAAAAACAUGUUGGUGUUUGGUGAGUGUUUCUGUGACUUUGUGGCUACGAUUAAUUAUAUUUUAAUAAAAACCAACAGUGCUACGA